AUGGCUGAGCAAAAAGACGGAGAAUCCAGAGGUGAGAAAACCCUUAAGGUUUGUGGUGGUGGUGAACCAAUUAACGCCGGCGAGGAGGUUGAAGAGGCAAACAAUGGCAGGCCUAGAGUCGACCCCGUUGGUCCUAACUUGAUUGUGCAGAAACAGAGUUUAAAGGCUAACUCCCUUGUCUUUCUCUCCCUGCUGCUAUUUUUCUCGAUCGCUUCUCCUAAAGUGUCAUCAGAUAAUUGUUAUUGUGAUGAUGGAUGGGAAAGUCAAAGGUUGAAAUAUGAAAGGAAGCAAGAUGAGGACAUGGUUGAAGAGGACCUUGUAUGGCAAGAGUUUGGGCGGGACACAAAUAGAUUGGAUUACUUUAGAUUCGUUCCAUUUGAUGUCCAUGAAGACAAUCAUGUCAAUGGAAAUGGUAGUUAUGACUAUGGUGAUGGUAGAAGGGAAUAUGGUAUGGUGGUAAGGCCAAACCUAGGGCAGGAAAGAGAUGGUACCCUUGGCGACAUGACUCGACACGUUUAUGAUGGGAUUAUUGCAAAUGAUGAUAGUGAUAGUGGUGGAUCGGUGGUCCAAAGAUGGGAACCUGAAAGGGAUGGUGGUGGUGGGGAAGAUGGUGGAUAUUUGUUGGUAGCGAGAUGGUGGGAGAAGUGGUGGGUAUGGUUGGCCUUGUGGAAAAUAGUUUGA